AUAUGGUGUUGCGGCUGUGUCACUUACCUUAACUUUUGACCGUCACAACAACUCCUACAACAAAAGGAUCAACCCGCCACAGAAAUUACACGCUCGUUCGCUCCUUUCUUCACGACGACAAUGGACGAUUAUUCAAAAUAUGUCCCAAGUCCUCCCUAUUCUUCACCAUAUUCCAACGAUGUUCAUCAAGACGCUCGCCGAAUAUCUCGUACCCCCAGUCCAACUCCCAGUGAGAUACAGGCCCUCGAUCAGAAGACAUUCUUCAAUUUCAAGUCCAUAUUCGAUAAAAAGAAGAUGUGGACAAAGAAACGAAUCUUUAUUUAUAUUGCUCUAAUCCUCGCCGCCGUUUUGGGCGCUCUCUUCAUAUUCUAUCAUGACCAAAUCGUACAUGCAAUUCAACCAGCAGCUAACUGGAUGCACAACUUCAAGUUUGGAUGGAUAAUUCCUAUAGCCAUUUUCUUUGUGAUAUCGUUCCCUCCGCUCUUCGGCCACGAGAUACUGGCUAUUGUGUGUGGUCUCGUAUGGGGCGUAUGGAUUGGUUUCGCCAUAGUAGCAGCUGGCACUUUCAUCGGUGAAAUAGGAAACUUUUAUGCCUUCAAACACCUUUGUUCAACUCGCGGCCACAAGAUAGAGAAAAGCAGUGUCAUUUACUCCUCUUUGGGAAGAGUCGUCCGCGAGGGCGGUUUUAAGAUUGCAUUGAUCGCCCGUUACAGCGCCAUCCCACCUCACUUCACCACUGCAUUAUUUGCAGUAUGCGGCAUGAACAUCUUUGUUUUCAUGCUGGCAGCAGCCCUCUCUAUGCCAAAGCAGUUUAUAACUGUGUACAUUGGAACUUUAUUGGAAAGUAGUGGCACCUCGGCUACCAAUUCAAAGAACAAGAUCAUCAGCGACGUCGUUGGUGUUAUCACCGUCCUGGUCACCGUGGCUGCCAUGUGGUACAUCACCAGAGAAAUAAACCGUGUCAAGCCACAAAUCGUGUAUGAGCGACGCAAAGCACGUCAAGCGAAAUUGGACGCCGAGAGUGAAUCACUGUAUCAAAAUGGCGGCGCAAACAGCUCCGCAGUAUUCAACACCUCAGACACCACUCUUCCCCUCAACUCCUCAGACGCCCCCUACGACCCUCCCUACCAGCGAUGGGACAGCGAAGGCCGCGCCGUAGGCUACACACCGGACCCACGCAUACACGCACCUCAACCUAAGAAACCGGAAAAUCCAAACCCCUUCCCAGGUGACAUAACCCCCACAUUAGGAACCAAGCCCCUCCGCCACGAAAGCACAGAUACCGUGGGAUGGGAGUUGCAGGCUAACGCCGCGCAGGGUCAGAGUUAUAGGUUGAGCGCCAUGACAGCUGAGCCUCUGCGGAAUCCGUAUGGGGGUGAGGAUGAAAUGGAUGCCGAGGAAGUUCUCGGUGAGGGGUAUGCACCUGCGCCUCCAUCUCUUGCUGGACCACCGCCGUCAUCUCGUGUCGGACGGUCAUCUUCAUCUGGUAUCAGUGGCAUUGCUGCGUAUGCGCCGCCCCCUGGGCCUCCGCCAGGUGCUGGGUAUGCGUUUAGUGCGCCGGGACAUAGUUUUUCGGGACCAAGUUCACCGCAUCCGCCUGAAAGGCAGUAGGUUGUCGAGUGCUUGUGUAUCCUGAUUUUUAUUAGUCCUUCAUUCAUCUGGCUAUCACAGCCUCCAUCACGUCUGUUCGACUCUUCUAUUUACUAUAUAUCUUCUGACUCGAUUUGUGUUCUUAUGAGCCCAUGUGCACUGUGUGCCCAUACAUACAUAACAAUAACUAGUAUAGGUUGGCCAAAGUACAAUUGGAGUAUGUAUAGCUAUUUUGAUACAGGGAGGUUGAAUAC